AUGACCUGUGGGAAUUCCGGCGAUGAGAGACGAAAUUUGGAUAGAGAAGAUACCACCAAUGAUCCCGAGCAGAUACGAAAUCCCACAAAUCAAACUUUACAUCGACCACCUCCACUGGUUCCUCCUACGACGGUCAAGAUAGAUGGCCAAUCGUUCAAAGCGAAUACUACCGAAUGCCACCCGGGGAAUGGUACCGCGCAAAAGAGAGAUAUCACAGCUCUUGCAACAAGCACAAAAGCAACUUUUCUGGUGUUCGCAAGAGAUGCAGCGUCAGCGUAUUCUGCAUACUCGGGGUUGAAUGAUUACGGAAUUCCCUACGAACUCAUCCUAGUUCCUUCGAAUGGAAUCACAUUACCUCAAUUGAAAAGCUCAGAUAUAGUCGGAAAUUAUGGUGGAUUUGUCAUUCUAUCCGAAGUCAGCUACAAGAAUUCGGCUGGAAAUUGGGGUUCUGCUAUUACUGCCAAUCAAUGGCAAGCUAUGUAUGACUAUCAAGUUGCUUUUGGAGCUAGGAUGGUAAGGUUAGAUGUUGUUCCUUCUGCGAGCUCUGGGACGAGGGUUGUUGGGUCUUGUUGUGGUGAUACGCAGGAUCAGACAAUUUACAUUGCAGAUACAUCGCAAUUUCCUACAGCCGGAUUAAAAACGUAAGUGGAUUUUCAGCUUGUUAUUAUAUUUACUAAUUUUGAUGAAGGGGAGCCACUAUGAGCACACUGGGCCUGUACCAUUAUCCUGCCGCGGUUAUUGAUUCCACGACAACUACUUCUGUCGUAAACUUUGGACCCACGACUGGAUUUUCGGAUAUUACUAACGCCGUUGUAAUCAACAAUUUCUCUGGAAGGAAGCAGGUUAGUUUGUGGCAGUUCUUGCCAUGGCUAAAUUACUCACACCCAGUAGAUGGUGUUUUUCCUGCCUAUGGCAACUGAUUGGGCACUCACCUCGACUGUGCUAACACAUGUUUGGAUUCAUUGGGCUACUAGGGGACUUUGUGAGUUUUGCGACUCAAUUGAGUUGAUGGGCUAAUAAUUCAUUCAUAGACGCUGGAUAUAGAAGAAUGAUGCUGAAUACGCAAGGUAGUUUUGCUUCACAGAACUAGUACCCUAAGCACUAACAUUUGGAUAGUUGAUGACAUGUUUCUCACCACUACGCUUUUCAACGGAGGAUCUUACCGUGUAAGCACUUCAGAUCUUGCAACACAUAUCCAAUGGACAGGAACAGUCGGUGCAAAAAUGCCAGCCGGAAGUAAUUACACCAUGGAGAUCGGUCACAAUGGCAACGGUAAUAUCGAGGUGAGCGAUCGUAUACUUCUAAGCAGUAAUUAAAGCAACUACUCACCCCUCCUUCAGAUCUCCUUCAGAAAUAAAAAGUCCGCUUGCAAACAAGGUAAUAUAGUACGUCCAGAUCCUGUUACAGUCCCACUUGAAUAUGUCAAGCCAGUGGGCACAGGCACCAGUCUAUGGCCCGUCGAUGCCACGAACUAUUCAUAUGCCGAUGAUUGUCUCGACCAAGAUCCGCUGUCAGCAUUCUUCCAGACUCCGAAUAUUCGUGACUCCUUUAUGCAUGUUAGUCAUACUUUCACCCACGAAGACGAAAACACCGCUACAUAUGACGAUGUUAUGAAAGAAAUCACUUGGAAUCAAAGAUGGAUGAGUCAGAUAGGAUUUGCAAAUGGAAAGUGGUUCAGCGGAAGGGGCAUUAUUCCGCCAGCCAUUACGGGCUUACACAACGGGGAUGCUUUGAGAGCUUGGAAAGAAAAGGGAAUUGUCAAUGUAGUGGGAGAUAAUACUAGAAGUGCGUUGUUAAAUACGGUAGGGUUUCCGCUCCAUGCAGUGCUCAUUUACUAACUGUAGACUUGCAGGUCAACGAACAUUGGCCAUUAAUCACGACCUUAGCAGCCAGCGGGUUUGAUGGAAUUCAAAUUACCCCUCGUUGGGCAACAAAUAUAUUCUACAAUGUAUUUCCCCUUCUACUCAAAGACAUCCUUAACCUAACUACCUUAGUGUGACGAUGCAGCAUGCGACUCUGCACAAUGGAACUCCGUUGGAGGAACGGGUGAUUUCCCAACCCUUAUAGCAGCAGAAAAGACCGCUAACGCCCGUCAUCUCCUUCGUCUACACCAUGACGCAUUUAUGUUCCAUCAAGCCAACCUCCGAUGGGAAGGAGUAGCGAAGAAUACCAUAAACGGAGUUUCGGGACAAUAUUCACUUCUGCAGAUGUGGGUUGAGAGCAUCGUUGCAGAAGUUACGCGUCUAGUUACUUGGCCAAUCAUCAGCAUGAAACAUGAUGAUGUGUGUUUUCUCGACUCCCCUUUUUUUCGUUUCUCGGCUAAUGUUUUAUUUGUAGCUUGCAACAACAUUCGCAAAUCGUAUGAUGAGGGAUAAGUGUAAUUAUUCACUCACUUAUCUCUUUGGUAGUUCAAGUAUCACAGGGGUGACAAUUGGUGCACCGAGUGUUGGACAUCAAUGCGGGGCGGCUAUCCCAGUCACGGUUCCUGGACCGAUUUUGGAUACAGGAAUUGUAUACAACACGGAGAAAGUCGGGAGCGAUCCUGCGACUAUUUGGAUUGAUUUGAAAGGGAGGGAAGUUACUUUGAGGUUGAAGGACGCAUUGCCUUGGUAG